AUGGCUCAAUCUACAACUCAUGCUACUACACUUCCUGUCGAGCUAUGGCAACUUGUUAUUGAUCAACUCGAUCUGAGUUGUCUACUUAAUAUUAGACUACUUUCUCGCUCAUUCAAACAUAUUGUCGAGUCACACAAAGGCAAUUGUGCUCCCAUUCUACAUAUUCAAUAUUCGACUUGUCUGUCUGCCACAUUGUCUGCCAUCAAUUCAAAAAUAGCUGUCGGUUGGGCAAAGUAUUUAGGUUUAAUUCCUAUUAAAAAUCACACUGGUCGCACAUGGAAUGAUCUGGAUCUGUUUUCCACUUCAAUGGCAUACAACUACCGCAAUAUUACUCGUCAGAGUAUAUGGGUGCUUCACGACACUGUCCAUCAUGCUGCACUUGUUGUCCACGCUUUUAUGCUUAUACCCGCAUUACCAGUAAUUACUACAGUUCAAAUCUCUGCUAAUACGAGUUUGAACAAACAUCAGAUAUUGCACGAUACUCCUCCAGUCCAAGAUCGAUGCAUGGCGCUGCAAAUCAAAGCAACUUCUUUUUUCUCCUACGAUACACCUACUGGAUUGGCAUUGAUGGUUGACGGAGUAGGAGCUCAAAUGGGUGAUUGCACUAGUAUGUACAAAGCAGAGGCUACUCAACUCAAGAAUUCGCUCCAGCAUGAUCCGUCUGCUGUGUAUCCUGUAUUUGUAACUAGAUUGCUUACCUCCAUGUAUGAAACAGCAGAUUAUGGUGAUGAUCCUCGAUUGAGGAUGGUGAUUGCUGCUGGAACUAGCACGUCGCAUCGACACCUUAUGCGGAGCUUAUCCCCACCACAGUCACAUCCAUCACCCUCCUCGAGUCAUCUUGUUGAGCUGUGGUACCGUGGUGGAUCCACUGGUGCAUUUCUUAUGGAGCAAUACAGAUUGAUCAACCAAGGUAAAAGUAUUACUGCUACAUCAGCAUUCAAACGUGAACGAGUAUUUACUUUAAAAUCAGAGAAUACUGAAGCUGGGUUAACUAAUUAUAUCGAGGGACUGAAUGGAAUAAUGAGAGCCUUGAGUGAAUAUUGGACUCUGAUGGCUGCAUUUUGCAUUGGAGAGGGCAUAAGCUCACCUCAUACUAAUCUAGCUGGUCGGUUGCAAUCUGAUUCGUAA